UAAGGCAGCCUUCUGUUCUUCUGCAAGCUCCCCCAUGCAUUGGUCCAAUUUAACCCAAAACUCUGUGGAGUCAGAUGAGAAUUCAGAACCUGAAGAGCGAGCAGUUCCAGUGCGGAGUCCGUCAGAAGAAAAUGAAGUGUCUCUUUCUCUCCCUAAACAAAUCUUACAUGAUUCAUCAGGCAUGGAGAAUAGGGAAUCAGAGCUAGAUCGUCCUGAGAAAGACUCACUCAACAGUUGUUCCACAUUAUCGCUGGUUGAAAGUGGAGUUCCGACAGCUAUUUCCCUGAAAUUGAUCAUAAAGAAACAAAUCACUCGACUUCCCGAUACUCAACUGCAGGAGACGCUCAGAGCAAAACUACGCAUUCUGGAGAAUGAGAGUGGAGAGGUUGCAGCCCUUCUCAGUGAGCUUUCGGCCAGGCUGCUGUCAAUUCACAGUGAUCAAGACUUGAUUUUGGUCACUUUUAAAACAUUUGAAGAAAUCUGGAAGUUUUCAACAUAUUACUCGCUAGGCUUUGUUGGCCAUUGCUUAGAGAACCUGUUGUUGGACCAAUUGUUCUGGCUGAACAACCUGGAUGAUGAAGACGUCAGGAUUGAGGUCCAGACAAAUGGAGAAUCCUUGGAAAUAAUGUGGAAAGGCCUCCUCCUACAGGACGGUUUGUUCUUUGCAAGGUGUCCAUUAAAUCUUCAGAAAUGUGAAGAAGUUGACCUGGAACUCAAACCAAAUGAUUUUGUUGUUGUUGCGGAUGCUAAACCCAGUUCUAAAUGGGCAGGACAUUCUUUGUUCAGUGGCAAAAAGGGUUUGCUACCAAAAUCUUGCUUCCAAAGUCUGGAGCUUCUCAUUCCUUUCCACCAGUGGUUUUUCAAAAUGUUUACUGAAGAUCUUGGCAUACACAAUGAUCUGUCUUCAGAAUUUUCUUACCCACUUGGUAAGGGCUCCUGCAUCGCAAUGGUUGAUUAUGAAGGUGCUGGGCUUGAGGAGUUGAGUUUCCAAAUAGGACACAAGAUUGAGAUCAUUGGGUUGCUUAUCGCCUGCAUGCAGUGGUUUCUGGGCAAAAAUGAAACAAGUGGAAAAAUUGGAUUUGUGAAAACAAAUCACGUGAGACCCAAAGACUUUACUCCACUGACAAAUGAUCUGUUGUUCAUUGAUGAAGCAGAAAGCUCCUUUUUCACCGAGCAAGAAAAGUUCAACGAAGAAGAUUCCAUGAAGUUGCUAAAGCAACUGACACGGACAGACAUCAGUAAUGUAUAUCAAAUGGACAAAUUAGGGCCAUUGAACCCACAAUACGAGGAUGGAAAAGAGCAACACAUUCCAAGUGUUAAAGAAAUGGAUUUGAUGAAAGCUCAGCUCAAAGGACCUAUAAACAGCUCAGAAGGUACACAGUGCAGCAUAUCAAACAAUAGGAGCCAGGCUACUAGAAAGGGCUCUUUCGUUGCUGACAACGAUUCAACACUGGUGUCUGAGGAAGCAGAAGAACAGUGUUUCUGUAUCAACCACACAGAGGGCUUGGACAACCCUGAAACCUUUUACCCUUUGUUGCUUUUUUUGAACAUCAAGGGAUACAGCAAACACUUUAAAAAACUUUACGACUCCUGCUUUUCUUUUCUGAAGUCCACUUUUCAUGGCUACAGUGACGAGGAGGAAGUGGUACAUUACCUUGAGGUAGCGAGAGAGGCAGCAAGAAAGCAACGAAUGCAGUGGGCCCAAACACGUGUCUGUCUUCUGUUGGGCCGAAUGUGCGCCAAGAAGCACAAAUUCUCACAGGCCAGAGUGUAUUUUGAAGAGGCAAUAAGUUUGCUGAAAGGGGAAUUUGCAGAUCUGUUUCUAUCAAUUGCUGUGUACACGAACCUUGUCGCCACGUACCUCAAGCAGAAUAACAAAGAAAAAUGCACCUCUGUUUUUGAGAAGAUAGCAGCCUUGCUACUGGGAAUUCCAGAUUAUAUCUGUAGCACAGAUAUGGAGUCUGAAAUCCUUAAAUAUGUUUUAAGGCAUGCCGUAUUGAACAAAAAUCAGAUUGUUGAAGCCAGGGCAUGUUUUCUUCUAACUAAGCUUUACAUACAUCUUAAACAGUAUGAAGAUGCAUUGCCUUUCAUUGAACGACUGCAGUUUUUGAAAAAUAGUUUCAUGGUAGGAAACACCACUUCUUUGGACUUUCACUUUUCCCUUGGAUCAUUGUACAGUCAAAAAUGUUUGCCAAACCUUGCUCUGAGCUGUGCAAAGCUUUCAUGCUCACAGCACGGUAGGACGUUAGUGGAUUGUUUGAAAAGCACAAACUUUGUUAUGAUAGAUGCCUCAAAGCUGUGUGGAUCAGGGGGAGCCAUUCAUGUGAUUCCAACACAGGUAGCAACUUACCUUAAACGGGCACUUACCUUAGCAAGCAGACCUGAACAGGACAAUAUUUGUCGAACUAUUUACCUCAGUUUGUCAGAAAUCUACAAACACCACAAAGUCUACAGCAAAGCAGUUCUUUACAUGACAGAAGCCAUUAACACAGAAGCCUCUGUUGGUACUGAGGAAGUGAUUGACGCACAAAUUUCCCUUGCAUGUUUGCACAUUCUGAAUAGUCAGCCCUCUAAGGCUAUUGUCCUUUUGAACAUGUUGUUGGAGUACGUUCGGGAUAGUCCUGUACAGCGGGGGGUUGUUUACAAUAUGCUCGCUAUAGCUAAGAGAAGAGUGAACAACGUCAAGGAAGCUGCUGAGAACUACCGUCAAGCUUUGUCUAUCUCUGUGGAGACAGGCCUGAAAUUUAACCAAGCCAUUGCCCAGGCCAAUUUUGGAUUCCUUUGUCUCUGGUCAAAGGCCUACAGUCUGUCUGAACAAUUGAUAUUAAAGUCAAUUCAUCUUUUCUCUGAACUACCAAACGUUACCUCUGAUGAGAAUUUUAUUCACGUUCUGAUUGUGCUGGGACAAUAUUAUAUUGAUCAGCAAUUAAAAGACAAAGGGAUAUUUUAUUAUGAAUGGGCACUUCUGAUUGCAUUGAAAGGGAAUCUUAUUGAAAGCCAAGUACAAGUCACACAGUUGCUCUGCCAGUUUUACAGUUCUGAUUUCCCGAACGAGGCCCAAUGCAUCAUUUACAAUGAGUUUCUGCUUUCCCUUACUCGCAAGCUGGCAGACAAGGAACAGGAAGGCCAUGUCCUGCAGAACAUCAGCCAGCUCUACCUCUCUCUGGGAACGGAACGAGCAUUUCGGUCAGCUCUGGAAUAUACCAAAAGGAGCCUUGGAAUCUUCAUUGAUCUGAAGAAAAAAGAGCAGGAAGCUUAUGCCUGGCUUCAAGCAGGGAAGAUUUACUACAUUCUGAGAGAGAAUGAAUUAGUGGACCUCUACAUACAGGUUGCACAUGAUGCUGCUGUCAGUACGGAAAAAUUAGACUUUGCACUGGAAGUUUUUGAAGCAGCAGGAGAUGUAUUUUUUAAUGGAUCCUGGGAAAGAGAGAAAGCCAUAUCCUUUUAUAGGGAUCGAGCGCUUCCACUUGCCAUUAAGAGUGAAAACACAAAUGUAGAGCUCCGACUCUGCAACAAGCUGACAGAACUACUGAUGCAUGGGAAGAGCUACGCAGAAGCCCUGGAAUUUGCCCAAACUGCUCUGGCACUCAGCGUGUCCCUGGGAAAUAUGUUGAAUGAACGCAUUGCUUACCAUCGACUGGCUAUAAUACAUCAGUCUCUUGGGCAAUGCGAGCUGGCUGAACACUUUUAUUUGAAGGCCCUCUCCCUCUGCUCGUUUCCACUGGUGUUUGAUGAGGAGACCAUGUACUAUGUCAGAGUGUAUAUACAACUAGGAGACAUGACCUUCUAUAACCUCAAGGAUCCACAUGACGCAGCUGGUUACUAUCAUUUAGCCCUUGCAGCGGCCAUGGACCUGGGCAAUAAGAGUUCUCAGCUGAAAAUCUGUACCAGACUCGCCACUAUUUACCAUAACUUCCUCAUGGAUCGCGAAAUGUCACUUUACUUCUAUCAGAAAGCCAGAGCAUUUGCCGUUGAACUGAACAUUCGAAGAAUAAAUUUGUCACCAGCCAAGUAUUACAAAGCCAAAGCAGAGAUGCCUUCAAAGUCCCAUGUUUAAGUACGAGUGGCUCCUCUGUUGCUUUGAAGUGAUCUGCUGAAAGGUCUUGCAUAUCGUGAGUGCAACAAAGUGCAGAGCUUCAGGACUUUGAUUAUUGUCUUUAGAUGCGAAAGGUAAGCAGCUACAUUGAAGCUUCCUUUUCAGCUCACCUGCACAAACCCUGCCCUCAGCUCACUCUGCCUAUUUACUGAACCGAUAGCCUGACAUUUUGAUCCCUACCUCUAGCUGAAAUACCAGCCAGAACCACCACACUUCACAUCUAAUUAACAAUAAAAGCUUUGCCGCAG